AUGUCACUAGAGGAGACUAUUGGAAAGAUUUCAUUAUAUGACGCUAAGAAGUAUUUUAGGAAGGCUCAGAAUGUUGUCUUUAACUACACUGGUAUGGAGGCCAAGGUUCGUGAAGCCACCAAUAAUGAAUCGUGGGGCGCUCCAUCUAGCUUAAUGGCACAGAUUGCUCAGGGGACCUAUAAUUAUCGAGAGAGGAAGGAGAUAUUAGGAAUGAUAUUUAGGAGAUUUGUUGAAAAAACGGCUAGCGAGUGGAGACAAAUUUAUAAAUCAGUUCAAUUAUUGGAGUAUUUGAUUUAUCAUGGAUCAGAGGGGUUCAUCGAUGAUGUAAGGUCCGGCUUAAAUUUGAUCAAGAUGCUAGAGAGCUUCCAUUAUAUUGAUUCGCAAGGGAGGGACCAAGGGAUCAAUGUUAGAAAUAGGACACAGGCACUGGUGCAGCUUCUCAACAACGAUGAACAGAUUAGAAUUGAAAGGAAAAAGGCAAGGAGAAAUGCCCAAAAAUACACGGGUGUUGCUGGCGGCAAACCUUCGUAUAUUCCUGAUAGUUUGGUAAAUUAUUCUGCAGGAUUUACCAGCUCCUCAUCCAAUGCUAUCUCUGUAAGUGCUGAUUUUGACGGAGACGACGAUCCAGAUUACACCAAACCUGCCCCUUACAAUUCUGUAGGGAAUGCAUCUCAGUUCCAGGAAUAUAGCCCAAAAAUGGAAAAAGCAGGUAAAUACGAUGGUGAUAGCGACGAGGAGUUCAGCGAUUUCCAAUGUGCUGUUCCCACACCUGGAGAAACAUCACGAAGUAACGUAAAUUCUCUGGUUGAUCUAUAUCAGUCUUCACCUUCUUCUGUGAGAAAACCCUCUGUAGAUUUGCUUUCACAGCAUCAUCAACCAAAGGUACAAGCUGUAAAACCAGCACUCUCUGAUUUGAGUGAUAAGAAGGGCGAUGUAUUUAGUUCUUUGUUUUCUACAGCAAAGAUGGAGCCUGGCCUUGAGCCUAAAAGUGAGACAUUAGCACCCGCUUCAUCUCGUGGGACUACUGAAAAGAUGAAGCGAGACGACAUUAAUUUCAAUACCAGUGACGAUGAAGACGGACUAUUUGGUGAUUUAAAGUCGGCCCCAAAUCCAUCUUCAACAACUACAACCACAAAGACCCCUCCCACGACAAAAGAAGUUGAUCUAUUGAGUUUCUGA